CUCUCAAUUUCCGCUCUUAUCUCACUGAAGCAGCUUUCGCUCCUUCCGAAGAUGGGGUGCGUAUUGCAUCUGUUCCAGUUCAACACCAUCAAAACGAUUUCAGCCCUCCGAGCGUCAGGAUGUGUCGUCCCGUUUGAAGGAGUGCAAUCCAAUAUUGCCUUCCUGGCAGGCAGCAAUUCAGUGUCAGUUCAGCAGUGAAAAUCAGUGUGUGAAACGAUAAGGAUCUCCCCCGGUUGAGGAAAACUAUCAUUAGAUUACGGAUAAUUGAAUUCUGUGCACCACCUGCGAAGGAAAAGACCUCGGAAGACCUCCUGGUGUUCUCCACAAGUGGAUGCGAAGAAAACCGGAUGUCAAUCCGUGUGAAAAGUGUUUGAUGUGUGUUAACGUUUCGUCCGAAGACGACUGACUAUGACGAUGACGACGACGACGACGACGACAACGGCGACAUAGUCUGGAAGGUCGUAGACUACCACAAAGCAAGGCAAGGCCGCCCGUUGUUGUUGGGGGGCAGUCAGCCAGUCAGUGCAGUGGGUGGGCCGGUGGGUGGUGCUAACAAGUGUUUUCUUUUUUUCUUCGCCGCCACCCCAAACGCAACCAGUGUGUCUCUUUCUCUCGUAAUCGUGGGCUCUCAUCGCGUUAUACUUCCGGCACGGCGAGCGGGGGUUCCAAUUCAAUUACGUGGUCAACUUCACCCUUUCGUACGGUACGAUUCCUUUAUAACAAAGUAGUAGUGGACCUCAGAAGAAAGUACAGUACAUAGAGUGCCAGAGUGCAUUGGUGUGCCAAGGAAAACCGGAUUUGAACCGGGGGGAAGUAACCAAGCGGAAGUGAGAUUCAAUUCCGCAGAAAUGAUGACAGUUUCUUCGCCAGCCGUUGACAACUGAAGAUUCAACUAGGUGUUGAAGGUCUCUUCAAUUCCAGAGUGUUGUGCAAAGGACAAGCCUGUUCCUGCUGUAGCAAGCUGCUCGAUUAAUUUUGCGCAAGGUCCUUCGUUUCACGUUUGCGGUGUCAGCGAAAACAACCGUAUGACAGAAACACCCCCGAGAGAAAAGCGGCAGCCGAGGAAAAAUUAGAAACGGUAGCCCAUUUCCCAGAACGUGUCUGUUCCAUGACCAGCGUCAACGUAACAUCGUCCCAUCGUCUCGUAGAAGAAAACGGCAGUAGGCUGGUCAGCUGCGGGUCCCUUCCCCUCCCCGUUCGAUGAAAUACGACAUCCACACGACAGCUUUUAUUGGCGGGGGCCGGACACAAUUUGAUCACUAACCGACCAAAAAAAAACAAAAACCGGCCAACCGGAAACGUCGGAAUCGACGCAAGGAGCAACCGGGAAAUGGCAAAAACCAAAACACCAACCGUGAUGAGCUCGACAUCGUUAGCUGGAAUGCUGUUAGCGGUGGCAGUCUCUGUUUUGAGUAUGGUCCCAGCGGGGGAAGCCGUGGGAGGAGGAGCAAGCUUCGGCGACACGGACAAAGGUGGCGGCGGAGACGGGCUUCCGAUAUUGACCACAGCAACAAGUGUCACCAAUUACGAUACCGAGUUCAGCAGCACUGAAAAUGGUACCAAUUUGCUAACGGCGAUAACACCAUUAGCCCUGAUGUCCAAGCACGGCGGCACUUCCGGUGGAGCCAGCAAACCACAGGAGGAUGUAUCACCGGUUACCCUUUCGACCGAGUGGCCCCGUUUGGCCCGACUGUUGCUACUGGCCAGUCUGUCCGUUAUCGGCAGUAUCGGUAACGUGUUUAUGAUUUCCUCGGUCAUGAUUGAGGACCACCUCAAGAAGGCAGGUAACGCAUUCAUAGUGAACAUAGCGCUCGCAGAUUUACUAAUCACUAGCGUAGUGAUGCCAGCGUCCACCAUUGUGCUCCUGGCUGGUAUCGACAAUUCGGACACGGAAGUAUGCAAAUUUCAGUGGUUUCUAGCUGCUUGCUCGUUUUUGGUUAGCAUUUUAACACUAGCAAUAAUGGCCGUCGAGAACUACCUAAGGCUUUGUACGGCCCAGAAUGAGCGGAGCUGGUUCAGCAGAACGAGCGUAACCGUGAUCCUGCUGACGAUCUGGAUCGUCGCCGGCUUGUUCUCCGGCAUGCAGUUCAUGUACGAGAUCGACUUUGACUACUGCGAUCGGAAGUCGAAGCACAUGGUUCCACCGGAAGCCGGCUGGAUAGGACUGAUGGUGCUGCUCCCGCUACUGUUGGCGUUCCUGAUCCACAUACGGAUCAUAGUGGACGUGAAACGAAACAUGAACCUACCGAACUUCAAGCCAAACCAGGCCUACACGUGGGACCUCUCGUUAGUUCGGACCAACUUCUACAGCUUCCUGAUCUUCGUCCUGUUUUGGCUGCCUUUCUGCGUGAUCCUGGCGUACGGGACCACCAAAAGUGUCUCGAACCGGGUCUUCUACAACACGGCCUGGAUCGGUCUGUCCAAAUCCUGCUUCCACAAUGUGAUCUACUGUUUGACGAACCGGCACUUCCGCAGUGCGUACGUGAGCCUGUUCAACUACUGCUGCUGCAAGACUACGGUGGCUGUAUCGCGGAGGCAACGGGUCGACGGAAGCCGGCCAACGGCGGACGUCCGGGUGCAUAUCAUUCCGGGUUACAACAUGUACACCAGCCCGCAGAGGGCCGGCAACAGCCACGGGCACUGGGGAAAGCGUGAGUGCCACGAGUUAUGAUCGGAAAUGUAGCUAAAUUGAUCGAAGGCUAGGAACAGCUUCGAUUAAUUUACGGGACGAAUCUUUCGAAUAUGUACCGUCGAAACGCUGUUGACUGAUUCGGCAUUAGAGAUUUUCUGAAUUUGAAACGAGUUUCUGAGCACUCACUGUGAGGAACUUGUAGGUAACGUAAUAUCCACCAAUAUUUGACGCGGGGAGAUGGAAGCAGUUCGACGUGAUGAUUUUGUAAUUCGAUGUGUCCGUAGAUGUUUGUUUGCCAGUGCUUACCGAGGAGGAUGGAAUGUUACGAACACAUCGGUUUUUAAAUCUAAGCAUCGAACUGUAACCACUGACUCUCUAAGUCGAACUGAAAGUAGUAUCCAGCUUAGAUUAGAUAACCUAGCCAACAAAAAUCAUCCAUUUCGAAGAAGAAUAAACAACACAACUGAAUGUUCAGAAGAGCAUUUUAUCAAGACCAAAUCAACGAAUCCGCUCGAAAGCAGCUGGAGUGUGUCGAAACCUAAUGAAACUUUUCAGACGAAUAGGUAACCGAAAGCAAGUUGAUGUUCAUCGUCGUCCAUUAAAAUAACAUUUAGGUGAUGUGAAAUGAAAACUACUGUUCAUGUGAGUUGAACAAAGGUGACGGAAAGUAGGUGCAGUAAAUGUUUUGGUGUAAUGUUAGAUAUACAUAUAUGUAUUUGAAUGUGAUGAUGUAAA